UCUAUAGAGUUUUCAGUAUGUCAUGUCAUUCGCUAGUUGGUGUCCGCCCUUGACUAUGCGGGUUUGUUAACCGAACUUCCUGUUUUCUAAAAAAGCCGUGUUGAAAAAUGAAAUAACAAUAAACGCAUUGAGGAUUAGAGUGGCUUUUGAAUUCGUGACUUGCGCCCCUUUUGUAUUUCGGUCUGCGGUCCGCUCAAAAACCGCGUUGAAACGCGGCAGAGUUUGUCAGGCCCGGAAGAGGAUGGUGCAGCUCUUGUGAACUGCAGCUGUUGGAGAUCCAUGUCUGUGUGUGAUAUCACAAGGUGGUAGCAGCGGUCUGAAAUGCUGUGUCGACGUCGCUUUGUGGUGCUUGGCGUCCUGCUUCCAGUAGCACUGACUUUCUUCGCGUUCAAUGUCCGAUGGAACAGUUCCGCAAAGAAGGCUACAGUUACGAGACUACGCAACGAUCCUGAAGGACCUUUGCGGAAGCUGUAUGUGGUGCACUUGGACCUGAAAGGCGCCCCGCCCAGGAUGUACUUCUUGAAGGCUCUGUUCCGUCUGAUCGCUGCGGCAGGUGCUAAUGCGAUCUUGGUGGAGUACGAGGAUAUGUUCCCAUUCGAGGGCGUCCUCCAAAAUGCGUCUGCUAGAAACGCCUACAGUAGGAAGGAGAUCCUCCAGAUGCUGGGUUAUGCGCAGGAGUGCGGCCUAGAAGUCAUUCCUUUGGUGCAGACUUUUGGACACCUGGAGUUCAUCCUUAAGCUGCAGGAGUUCCGCCACUUUCGAGAACUCUCUGCCUUUCCGCAGGAAAUCUGCCCAUCCAACCCAGACACAUUUUCCGUCUUGGUCCAAGAAUUGAUCCGGCAGGUUAUGUCCCUUCAUCCAACUACUAGGUGGCUGCAUAUCGGCUGCGAUGAGGUGUUCCACCUGGCAGCAUGCGGGAGAUGCACUGGUAGACACAUGAAUGGCAGGCUGUUGUUCGCAGAGCAUGUGGCUCGUGUGGCACAGUUUGUGCGCUCUGAGUUUGUGGGUGUCACUCCGCUCAUGUGGGAUGAUAUGCUGCGGCACUGGUCAUCCACGGACCUGGCAGAAUCAGGACUGGGAGAGCUUGUCGAGCCUGUAGUGUGGGUAUACGCUGAGAACAUAGCACGCUUGUUGCCGCACUACGUGUGGCACAUGUAUGGGCGCGUGUUUCCGCAUGUCUGGGUGGCCAGUGCAUUUAAGGGUGCGUAUGGUGAGACUGCACUAGUACCUGAUCUGCGGCGCCACUCUGAGAACAACCUGGCCUGGCUCCGAAUCAUGCGGACCACAAAGAUCGUACAAUUCCGGGGAAUGGUGCUUACUGGUUGGUCACGCUACGACCACUUUGCAGUGCUCUGUGAGCUGUUGCCUGUGUCAGUCCCAUCCCUGCUACUCAACCUGCUGCUAGUGUUGCACCCUCGUUGGCCUAAACUGCAGGCGAUACGUCUGUGGAUGCAAGCGCUCUCCUGCCCUCCUACUGUCACCCCAGAUGAGUCAUUCGUGUCUGACCCCUUCCAGUGGCACCUGGGUGCAUGUUCAUUUCCUGGCAGUAACCUGUUUUCUGCUGUAGGGAGCUAUGUGGCGCUGCAGGCUCGAGCGAUGACGCUGUACGCUGAUCUGACAGAGCGGCAUGGCUGGCUUACCAUGUAUAAUGUGCGCCAUAAUUUCUCCAGCCCCUGGAGGCUGCUAGAAGCGCAUGUCAGUGUCCAGCGACUGUUGCGCGAGUUGACCGCAUUCAGAAACUCGACGGCGCACAUAAUGACACAGUACUUUGACCAAUUUGCUGUGGAUGAGUGGCUAGAGCAGAAAGUGGACCCUCUGGCCGAGAAGAUGGCAUCUUUGGAGAACUUUGCACAGAACCUGAUUGCCAGGGAUACCUGGCCAAGGAGGCCAUUAAGCUAACAGCAGGAAGUAUGGGUUUGCGUGUCUGUGGUAGUCACAUGUUAGGCGGCAGGAUUCGUGUUCCAGUCGGGUAAGAGGAAUUUUCUCUUCAUCUCAGGUUUGUUGAGAAUUUUUGUGUAACCUGCCUCCACGUAGUUUUAUUUCUGCUGCUGUGGUGCUCUUAUUGCAGUUGCGUUGUAGUUUAGACUUUGCCGUCACUAGUCGACACGGAUCGUAUUAAAGUCUUUUAACUUUUUUUUUCUGAACCAGUUUUGGUUUGAGCACUUGGUGUAUUUUUUGUAUGUGAUGUAAUAAUUGAGACAUUUGAAACAAUGAAUUUGUUCAAUAAAUUUGUUAAAAAUAAAUGUUUUGCUGUAAGUGAGGCAUUUUCUUUCAAAUGUCUUUAGCUCGGUCUUUGCAGCGGAGCGUUCUGCGUUACAUUCCGUGCAUGGAGUGAGACGUCUAGUAUUAAUUCUUGUACCGCUGUGUGAUGCAACUUGUUGGUUUGUGAUGUAAUGAUCGCUGUUGAUUACAAAUAACAAAUAACACAAUGGCUGCAACCUUGAA